AGAGAGAAAAAAAAAAAGAGUAUCAAGUUAUAUUUUGAAUAGAGAGAGGUGGAGUAAGGCUCGUUUUCUAGUUGGAGGAAGUAUUGAGAACCGUUUUCUGAUUUCAUGGGGAACGUGACCGUAUCCAGGAGUGAGGCCAUGGCGGUGGCAAACUCUGACCCAGGAAAAAUUUCAGAGAAGCAGGCAUUGAUGAACGAAACUCUUUCUUCCGUGGAGCCUAAGCCUAGGGCUGAGGAACGGACAAAGAGGAAGAAGAUUUGUUGUGUUUGCCCUGAUACAAAGAGACUGAGAGACGAGUGCAUAGUUGAACAUGGUGAAGCUGCUUGCUCGAAGUGGAUCGAAGCUCAUUUACAGUGCCUUAGAAUGGAGGGUUUCAAUGUUUGAAAUUUGAAGAUGCCUGUGCAAUUAAGAAUGGUGGAAAGAGAGUUUUUUAAAAAGAUUUCUGGAAAGGCGUAGGGUUUUUACUCUUCGUUUGACAUAAUUGGAUUUGGAAUCAAAUAAAUGGGUCAAUUUCCUGAGAUAUAUGAUGAAAAAUAAUGCGGUUUGAGUGGUUAAAAUUUGCGCCUGUAUUUGUGAAACUGGAUAUUUGUUCUUACACUCGGGAAAAAAAAAAAAACCUGUUUAAGUUCUGUCUACCAGGAUGCCUUUGCGGUUACAGAUGAUGGGUGAAAUACAGUUUUGUUAGAAGAUUUUGGAAUGUCAGAAUUUUGCUUCUCAUUCAAAAUAUUGGAAUGAGCAAAUGUGUCAGUGAUGUCCAUUUAAUAUUGCUUUUAUUUGUCUCUGGAAA